GUCAAUUUGCCAGCUUCACCUCACUGUAACGCCCGGAGUCCAGCUUUCUGUUCGUCUGUAUAUAUCACAGUCCUUCUCGUCUCAUUUCAACAUGUCUGGUGUUGUUCCGGAGUACUCUGUCAGGAAGGCGACUCGCACUGAUGUUGCCGCCAUAAAGAACCUGAUAAACAUAGACGAGUGGGAGAUUCCAACUGACUUACUGUACUGCACGUUUGAUAUGGAUUCAAGGGCUUGGUUUGUAGCUGAAUCCGACUCAGGCGAAAUACUGGGUUGCAGGGUUUUGGUGUAUUUCAACGAGGAGACAGUAGCUGGUGGUAUCUAUCUUAUAAGGAAAGACCUCAGAGGAAAAGGAGUGGGACGUAAUGUGAACCUGCAAUCCCUCAAGGCAGUGGCUGACGCCAACAUCAUCAUUUCAGCCACCUACGUAAACCUGUACGACACCCAUGGCUUCACGUUCUACUAUGACGUACACCUAAGGCGUGGACCAGUGGAAGUCAUCUUGGGGGCCAUUCCUAAAGCAGGAACGACCUUGGGUGUCACUACAGUCCCCUAUGAAGAGGCCAUGUUUACGGAGCUGAGUGCGUACGAUGAGAAGGUAUCUGGAAGUGAGAGGGACUAUUUCUUGAAAAACUGGAUCAUCAGCCAUGCAAAGAACAUUCUCAUUGCUCGAUCAGAUACCGGACGUGUAGUCGGAUACGGAUGUUUGCGGGAGACGGAAUACUGCAAUGAGAUUGCACCGUUGUAUGCUGAUAGCGAAAUCAUUGCGUGGGCACUGUUGAAACAACUCUUGCAACACCUGGAUCCAAAAGACACCGUUCAUCUCUUUAUCAUAUCAGAAAAUACACCAGCAAUGGAGAGUAUUGGCAAUGCUCCUCUGACAAACGUUAUAACUCUUCAUAAAAUGUACAGUAAACAAAUGGUGCCCCGAAACCUAGAACGCUUGUAUUCCUUGUCCGCCAUUUCAUUAUCUGUUGUAUGAAACAUUUCCACUCCAAUAUUUAAGCGUGUCUCCAUCCUCUUCUAGAUGUGAGCCUACAUCAUCAGGACUCUGCCUUAAUGUUGGGAUGUACAAGGCAAUGUACGUAUAUCACACGCAACAAAAAUACAAAUCUGAUGUGAGAAAAAAUUGAAAUGAUAUAUUUGCAUCGAUUGUAAUAAAAUCAAUCUCAAGUGUAAACAUUGGAAGUGUACUCCAAAGUUUUCAUCGUAAUAAAAUAAUAUCAAAUUUA